GGCAGCGCGUCACGGAGUGGGCGUGACUUAGCUUUGUCAACAUCCUGGUGACAUAACCAGUUUCUCCAAAAUGGCGACGGGGGACCACAGAGAAGGUCAGGACGACCCAGAGAGUGAAGAGGAGGUUUAUGAGGUUGUAGACCUGACAGAAUAUGCCCGGAGGCACCAGUGGUGGACCCGGAUGUUUGGGAGCAACUCUGGCCCCAUAGCUGAGAAGUAUUCUGUGGCCACCCAGAUCGCAAUGGGAGGGGUGACUGGAUGGUGUGCUGGUUACCUCUUCCAGAGAGUUGGGAAGAUAGCUGCUACCGCUGUUGGUGGAGGGUUCCUUCUUUUACAGAUCGCCAAUCAUAGCGGCUACGUGCAGGUGGACUGGAAGAAGGUGGAGAAGGACGUGAACAAAGCAAAGAAGCACCUGAAGAAGAAGGCAAACAAAGCAGCGCCUGAAAUAAACACAUUCAUUGAGGAGGUAAAGGCCACAGACUUUAUAAAAAGGAACAUCGUCUUGUCCAGCGGGUUCGUCGGCGGCUUCUUCCUGGGUUUGGCCUCCUAAAGCCACUGCCUCCACUUACUGUGAAUCACUACAUAGGUCACUUUCCUCUCCAUUGUUUACCUCGCGGCCCUAUGUGUGCAUUGAUUGAACAGGGGAGGUUAUGUUGAACAUUAAAGCAUGAUCUGUUGCGUUAACUGUAAUAUUGUUCUACUCCCCCUGUUUUAAAUCAAUCCUAGCUAAUCAUUUCCUUCUUGGAGGACUGAGUGCACAUUCUGAAGUGAGUGUGGAGUGGAUUAUACUGUGACUUUCUUCUAUGGGACCCGUCAUGGAUCUUUGCCAGACUGCUGAACAUGUCAAGCUGCCACAAACGAGCACUCAUUGCUUUUUCAACACCGAUCUGAGUCUAGAUCGUCCAUCCCCUUGUGUUUUUGGCCUGGUGGACGCUGAUCUCAGAUAAGUUGCGUAGGCGCUGUUGUAAAUAUAUAGCCAACCCCUUUUAUUCAGAGGUGUAAAUACCCACACACGGGUAAAUAUUAUAUAAACAACAAGAGUGGGAAGUUAACACCGUCCCCCAGUCUAUUGCUUUUUCUAUGUAGCUGUGAAGUUUUAAAGUUUGCCACACUGACUGGGGGUUUAAACUCAUAUUUCCCCACUCUGAGCAGGAGAUAUUAAUAUACAACACAUAUCAUGAGCAUAAACAAAAUGUUACAUCUGGUGAAUGUUCUCUUACUUUACAACAGAGUAUUAAAUACACAUCCUUUUAUUCCCAUAAUCUUCAGCUCUACAGUUCCCUUUAAUGACAGGAUGAGCAGACGCUGUACCCUAAUUACCACCAAAAGCGACAUCAGUCCCGUCAUUAAAGAGCAUAAUGGAGCAGCUAUUGUGACUCCCACGCCCUCGCUAUUGUCAUUGUGCUUUUAGUAGUGUCAGUGUAGCGAUAACACAACAGAGAUGCUGCCGAGUCAUGCGUAUUAUUCACAUUAUCUAAAUAGGACAUCCACACAUUGGAGUCCACUUCAGUUGAUCACAAGUUGCUUAUUUUGUUUUGGGUUUUUUUCCGCCUAUUUCUACAGUGCAAUAUAAUUUUUUGAGACUUCUACUGGCAUUUUUGUACGUUCCAUAUUCCCUCAUUGUUUGCAUUUAAUGCUAUUUUGUUAUCUGAGCUGUAUGAAUUUGUUUGGGUGUCUCUUUUUAAAUAAAGUUGCCUGAUUUUGUUUUGAACAGAAA